CCGGGAGCGGGCGGGCGCUGUGACGUGGCGCCCCGGGGUUGCCAUGGUGCCGUGAGGGGCCGCCAUAGCCGAGGCCAUGGCGCCUCCCGCGCCGCCGCCCUCUCGCGUCUUCGCCGAGCUCGACCCGGCCGCGUCCCCGGUCCCGGAGGGACGCCUCGGGCCCCCGGUGCUGCCCGAGCGGGAGGUGCAUGUGAGCGGCAGCGCGGAGCUGAGCGCCCGCCCGGACCGGGCGCGGGUGUCGCUGCGGCUCGGCAGCCGCAAGGAGGCGGCCGCGGCGGCGCGGAGCAGCGUGUCCCGCCGGCUGCAGUACAUCGCCCACACCGCCCGCCUGCGCGGCGUCCCGGAAGAAAAUAUGACUGUAACAGAAGAUUUUAGUAGAAUAGAAAAUACUUACCAAAUGGAAGCAGAGGUCUGUAUCACAUUCAGUGAUUUUGGAAAAAUGCAGAAUGUUUGCAAUCUACUCAUUGAAAAGUUAGGAGCCUCUAUUACCAUCAGUCCACCUCAUUUCUACCAUACACCAGAAGCCAUAGACACCCUUCGCGUCACGUGGAGAUGGACUCAGCAGGAAAAGCCAGGCGCCCUUACUGGAAGUUGGCCACUUUUGCCCUCCUGCUCCAGCAGGACAGUGACAGCAAAGGACCUGCAGACUCCAUCCUGGGACGCUUCUGUGGGACACGGUGCUGAGGAGAGGCUGUGGCGUGGCCCCCGCGCGUGGCGCUGCAGGGACAGAGAUCAGGGCAGCACAAAGUCAGCAUCCCAGUGGGAACCUUCUCCCCUGCCCUGGUGUACAGGAGCACCUGCACAGAGCUGAGCUCGGCAGAGUGGCAGCACGGCCGCUCCUCAGAUGAGCCGGCUUCCGGGGGGGUUGUCUACUGCUGUUAUCUGUUAUUUUGGGCUGGGAAAUGUUACCCAUGGGAGCUCCCCACCACACUGCCUUUGUUUCCUGACUACGGCCUGCAGGAAUGGCCAUCCUAGUCUUUGUCUGGGGAAACCACACGAUGCGACACACGGGGAGUGCCUGCCACCUUUGUUCUUGUUCCUGGCGGUUAACACCUUGCUGUGGGUAAAACACCUUCUCUAUCUGGAUUGUACUGUGCGUGUCUUAUUCCAGCAUUCCGUGUUUUCAGUAAGUUGUUAUCUCUACCCAUAGUAGACUCCUUUAUGUCCCUUUUUUACUGGAAGGGUCAGGGCAUGUCUCGUUCAGAGUUUAAUUUCCUGCUGGUGUUAAAACCAAACACGCUCCAACAGCACAGUCAGGUACCAACAUUUCACAGCAUCUGUUAAUCCUAAGCAAAGUCUUGAUUUCUACGCAAAAUAAAACAACCACAGUAGGUUUCAAAAAGACACUAGUCACAGAAAUAGGAACUGGGAUACAAUUGUAUUUGAAGGAUUCUGUACACUUAGACACAAAAAGGUUUUUUAGAUCUUUCCAAAACAAAAAAAGUUACUAACUGCUUAAGACUAUUCUCAGUAACAAAACUAAAACCCUGGACCUGGUGUGGUUUAUGCUUGAAUGAGCACACCACUAUUACAGUGCUGUAAUACUGGAAAUGCACAUGGACCGGAACUACCACCUCCAGAAUAUAACAGCAGCACUGAAGGAAGUGUAUCAUAUUUGCAGUAUUCUUAAAUUAUUUUCUCCAAGCAGAACAUACCAGGUGAGCAAAACUGACAGACUUGGGACACAGAUUUUUCCUCAAUUGCUAGAACAAGUCCUGUUUUUGCUAGACUUCACGUGGAGUCUGGAAAUCCACAGGAACUCAGUUCAUUCCACUGUGACCAUUCCACAUUACUGUUGCCCAGAAGAACACAUACCUGCAACUGUGAGGUGAGCGAGGGUCUCUUCCAUCACUUCCUCUUGUUUUUAGACAAGGAACACAAGGAGGAAAAGAUCAUUAGAUAAAGCAAAUAACAUGUGAAAUUAAUCAGAAUCCACAUUUCUUUUUUUUCUUGCAUCUUUUGAACACAAAAAUGUAGAUAUAAACAAAGCAAUCCUCCAGUUCUGUGAAAACACAUCCUAUGUGGACUUUUCCUUGCAUCACCCACUCAGGGCAGCUAGGCUGCAGACUCUACAGGCAGGGAAGCAGGGGAUUUUCUCUGCUCAAGUGUGUUUAGCAGCAUCUAGAGCUGUUGGGAAGCAGAGAUUUCCAUAGAUUGGACAUAGCUCUGGUACAAACAGUUGUCACCUGAACAGGGAAGGCUUCCUGGAGGAUUAGAGGCCCUGGUGCACAUGUCAAAGUGAGCUAAGAGGACUCAACAUGGUGUUUUCAGUGCCAAACACCACUGCCUUUGUACCACCUCCUGAACUGCGGGGCUUAGUGCAAACCCCUGCCAAACAGCAAACUCUGGUCUCUACUGAGUGCUCCGGCUCCAGUUCUGUCUGUUCCCACUUACCCACCGUACCACACUGCCAGGUGCCGCUGUUCAGUACCUCACAAGGAGUCAAAAGGAGCUGAAUUUAGGGAGCUCUGAAAGACACACAACCAAUCGUCCCACAGCACAGUGAAUUACCAGAUAGAAACAAACACUGUUGGACAGCUUAGAAAAACAUGUUUUCUAUUUAUUUAAAAAUAAGUUUGUAGUUACUACAUUGCAGUGACAGUAAUUCUUACACAUACAUUCUAGUUUGUAUAAAAGGAUUCAAAGUAUUAUGCAUCAAAACUAACAUAGAAAGUGUCCACAUAACAGUAAAGAAAUUUCCAAUCCAUAUGUACAAAAAGAAAGGGCACUGUUAUCCUGGUGAGAUACUUUAGGUUAUAACAUGAUAUUCUAGAUUUCUGGAAGGAAAAAAGCCUUGGUAAAGCUAAAGAAUUAUAGUUUUCAAAACUGUUACUCAUUACAUACAACAGAUUUGUGUUUUACAUAAUUCUGUACAAAAUAAGUGUAAUUUUUAAUCUGAAAAUCUGUCAGUUUUAAAAUUAACCUUUCUAGGUAAUUUACUUGAAGUUGAGCUCCAUUCUAUACAUAUUGAAACAUUAUGACAGAAUUUACUUCACACAUGUUCAUUAUCCAGUUAUCCACCACACUUCUGCAGUUUUAGUAUGGUCCAAAAAUGUAACUUCUGUAUGGUCUCAAAGCAUUAGCAAACCAACCCGUGCAGUUGUAAGCACAAAAUAGUACAUGAUAGGUACUUCUAUUUCUUUCUACUCCUAACUUGUGUGACCUCAUUCUUUGUUCUUCCAGUGUAGGAAUUCAUAGUAUAGUAGUACUUUCCUUCCCUAAAAUGUAUUGUUUGCAUUAUUUGAAGUGAAUUUCCUGAUGUAUUUAUCUGCAUUUAAAAGGAUCCAGAUGACUACUUGUCUCACUAUGUACCUUCUAAAAGCUAAAUUUAUUCACCCUUAUUUUAUUGCAGCAUAUAAGGUUUCUCUCUGGAGUGCCUUGAGGCUGUUAGAACCUUGGGAAAAGGGGGGGAGAGGGAGGUGAGGGAGAAGCAGCUAAUCACCUUUUCCUAUAAUUUAGGAAGUCUUUUAAUCUGGCUUUCUGGCAUGUUUCCUCCUCUAACACACUGGUAAAGUGACAUGGCAAAUUCCCGCAUUAAAAUCAGCAGAAACACAAGAGCACCUGGAGGUUAGCUCUGGUUUAAAAGCUACCUGCUGUUUUCCCCCAGACAUCACAGAACGUGAGCAAGCUGCAUUCAUGAUUCAAAAACAAGAAGCUACGUAAGCUGUCAAUGCCAGAUUUGUUAUUUGAAACACAUUGCCAAGCCUUGGCCAGUUUUAGGAAAUGCAAUACGCUUUCGUCUGCAUACGAACAAACAUGUAUAUACAGUAAUUUACAGCAGAAAACUAACAGCUCUUUUAUCAGAUGAAUGUCUAGGUCCCCGUGGAAACCAAUCUGUUACAAGAACUGCAGGGAUAGAAGAAAAUAUAUCCUCAUUUUACACAGUUCAUUUGUCUUCACUUAGGUCGUAAACAGAAAGUGAGCUUUUGCUGUUUCUAGGUGAUGAUUCAAAACCCUCUGCCUUUCUCUAUCACAGCACUUCAGCAGAGUCAUAAUUAAAUGUUUUAAAACACUGAUAAAGCAAAAAAACCCCACCUUUGGCAAACUUUGCAACCUACUUUUUUAGAGUAAGGUAAGGACUCAGGACACAAUGUAAAUAUUGUGGUAUGGCUAUGUUUUGAGUGACCAGCAUUGUUAAAAUUACCUCAGCAAGAUUCAUAUGCUACAAAUAAAAUGUGAAUUGCUGAAAGUGAGCUUAAAACCCUCUAACCUCCAAUCUACUAUACAAAUACAGGGUGAAAGCGUCCCAUCCAGUCAAGCCUAUUGCUUUUUUAGAACCAGUCAUCUACUUAACAUGUGCCUAAAAUCAAACUAUACACUAAAGCAUUUACUUGUAGUCCUCAAUCCAACAAAUGUAAGCAAAAUAUUUUAAAAUGUGGUGUAAAAAUUGUAACAAGCUUGAAGUUACAGAACGGACAGACUAUUUUUUGUGUUGCAUGUAAUCGUUUUUUGGUAAGACAAAAGCCUCUGGCACAGAAUUGGUACUUAAAAAUAUUGGUACAGCAAUACAGUGAAUCAGCUGUCUCUACACUACAAUUUUUUUUAAUAGAUAUUAAUAUCUAUGUGCUGCAUCAGGGUCCUUUAUCAAUUAAUAGUUUUACAAAUAUUAAGCCAUAGUAAUAUUUAACUCAACCAACUCAACCUUACAAGUCUAUCAACAAACUGAUCACAGGUACAAACCGGACACUGUACAAAUAAACAUCUGUCAGUCUUAAUCACAGCAGUCGAAUCACUGCAGGAAGACAUUUCUCUGUAAAGUUGUAUCACUGGUCACUGCGGAGUGACAAAGAGCUCUGGUUCAAUAUUGACAAUAAUAAUGAACACUACAGUGACAAAAUUGCAGUUCAGUUCCCAGAGAACACACUAACAACAGAAACAAAGUGGCUAAGGAGUUGUUAAGUAUGUAGGCACAGGUACAAUGAUUCCUGUUAAACAUUCAGAGCACACUAAUGACAGAAGCAGAAAUAUUUCCUCACUGGUAGUUAAAGAACACACUGUUAUCGAGAUACCACUCAGCAGCAAAUACCAGUUUCAACAUAGCGUAGAAAUAGCAGAACAGUACCCUCAUAUCCAUGUCAAAUAGAAACCAAUUUAAUGAAUAGAACCGAGUUAAUUGCUGCCAGAUCAUUUGCAUGUGUGUGACUGUGAAGCUGUGUUAUUUACAAUGCAAAUGUAAAACAAGCACGUGAGGUUUUGACACUCCAUUUUCUGAACCAGUUGUUAGGUACUUGAGAUGGCAUUAUAAAACAUGCACAUAACUAUAGUUCUUAAAUUAUUUCAGAACACUGACCAUUAGUUUAUUGCUUACAUUUAAAAAACCUAAGACUCUGUAAUCAAAAGCUCUUUUUCUGUAUUGAUACACUAUCUCACAACGACCUCAAACAAUAAAUUUUUCCCCAGCCAAAAUACAGUCUGAUGGUGACUAAAGUCUCAUAAAUAAAGUUUGUAACCUAGAGAAAUUAAAUUAUAAAAAAUAAAACUUUUAAAUAAAUCUGGUAUUGAUUUCUAAUAAAUUUCUAGCAUUGCUUCUAUAAAAAAUUGACCCAAAUGAUCCACAGUUUAUUUUUAAAGGAAAAACAUUAAUGUGCCUAAUAAGAAUCAAAAGCUUAUGGGCUAAAGUCACCAAUGUUACUGGGUAGGAAGCUGUACCCAUGUUCUGCAGGUAAGGCAAUCUAUCCUCGUGAAAUUAAGAUUUACAAUCUUCUACCUAUUGUUAGGGGAACGCAGAUUAUUUCAGUCUCCAAAACUUACACACAAGGUAUUCUUGAUAUAUAAAUAUAUACAUAAACAUGCCAUAUAAAACAUGAUUACAAACGGAGUAAAUACAGAAGAUGAAUUUUAGAUAUAAUCUAUUUUAUAUAUUACAAUGCAGAUAACAUCAGGAAAUUACACAUUUUCAAUUGAUUGCCUUCAUCAGUGAGAUUUGACAAAAUUAACAAGUAGAAUCAAUCAGUUUUGAAUUGUGAAGCUGUAUUGCAACUGUACAAACAUAGCUUGUUAUCUUACCACAUGUUCAGUGACUCAGUUUUAAUCAGAUAAUAAAGAAACACUUGUUAGAAAAAAUAAAUAUGCCAACAAAUCAAAUACAAACUAAUCCCUGGCCCCCAAAUUCAAAUCCAUAACAAUUUAAAGAGGAUCUGGAAAAUAUCUCAGCCAUUUUUUGUAGCAAAAUGAACUACCUAAAACUAGGUAUGAUGGAUACUAAUCUGCUAUCCACAGCAGCUUAUUUCUGUUACUCUUGGUGGCAAAUACCAGUAUUCUUUGUUCAAACUUUUAGGCUUUUUUUUUUGUAAGAAAAUAAAGAGUGAAGAAUCAGGCCUCAAAUACAUACAGAAUCUGUGCAAAUUUAAGAUAUUAAUUCUGCAUGUCCUCCCUUCCGGACAUUGCAGAUGAUGUGUAAAAACAAACAAACAAACAAAAAAGUAUAACCAGAAAAUUUUGGUUACAUUUUUGUACCAUACCAGAUCUCAGUAAAUACCACUACUUAUGUAUUUUUUCCUUGAAACUGGACAAUACUUCUUUUUAAGUGAUAGAAAAUGGUAUUAAGGUUUGUUUGUAAAGGUAUAAAAUAACUAAAUGUACCAUAAACAAAUAAAUAACUGCUUUUCUUUUCCAGAGCAGUACAUAUAACAAUACAUUCCCCUAAGUCAUAUAGUUAUCAUUUACAAUAGACAACUUAAUUUUAGUAAGGAUGCAAGAAAUAAUAGAAUACAAGGCACAAUCAUUAAAUGGAAUUUUUCUUUAGGGUGUAUAUUGACAUAUGUCAGCGUGAUAUACCAUAAAAAGUGCAGAAAAACACAAUGUGCAAUGAGACCACUGUAUAAAACAUGAUUGCAUAAAAAGUGAUUUGGCCUUUUAACCCUAAUAAUUGAAAAUAACCAAUCUUCCCCUUAAAAUUAAACUAUAAAGUAUGACAUUUUAAAAUUUUCAAUUCUAGUGCUAUCUAAAAAAUCCUGAAAAAAAUUUAUACCUGGGUAAUAUUUUAGACAUAUGUGUUUAUGUAUAUAUUAAUAUAUACACAUACACUAUUCUUUUAGGUCAUUUCAGCCUCUUAAACAUGUCUAAAGUUGUAGAAACAACAAUCAAUCUGGAUCAGAAAGUAAACAUCAUAAUUCCAUACAUGUCCUGUAAUUUCCUUGAAUCCUUUAACCAAUUAUACAUUUAGACUAAAACAUCUCUGUCAAAGGACCCCACCAGUGCAUUAUUUUCUACCAGAAGUACCAAAAAGGAUACAUUUCAGAACAAUGUUAACAACCUACUAUUUAAAACAAGACACGGCUUUUAUCACUGCAAAUGGUAUGCUGUACUGACACUCAAAAAGAAAAAGAAAAGGUUUUCCACUGCACUGAUUCUCAGUCUUUGGCACAAUAAACAGAGAUUUAGUGAUUGAUACAAGAAUCAAGGUCUGAAAAAUUAGACAUUAGUCAAACUUUUUCCAAUGUGGAUAUAUAUAUUUGUGAUUACGUUUUUGCUGUGUUUGGCAGAACUUGGAUAAACAAUGGCCUGUGCUAGGCUUCUUUUGCAGCUGAACGUUCCAUCACAACUGAAAUUAAACAUUUUCAGAUUAGCAAAGUUUGGUAUUGUAUUAUUUAACAGAAAUGCAAGUGAAUUUACUGCCACUUUUUGCCAAAGUCUGCCUUCCUAGGCGACUUGACUUUAUGAUCAAAGCGUAUGUUGCUUGGUGAAAAAAAAUUUCUGUUUUCAAUUUGUGGCAAUUAAAAGUUCUAUUACCUUUUUUCAAUUGUGUAGAGAUAUUACAUACGACUUGAGCAGAGAAGCUCUGAACUCUGUACGUCAGUCAGAAAUUGCUUCUAUUAUUUUCAACUGUGAACAAAAUGACUGUUGAAAUGCGUAACCUAUUUGGAGGACAAUAAAUAGCAAAAGUUUAAAAUA